AACUUCGUGGUAUACCCACCACUGAUAAAAUACAUGGAUCCCAUACUGAGGUUGAAUAAUUUUGGGGCCAUGUAUUUUAUGAUGACUGAUUUGCAGUGUUAUAAUUGGUUUUACAGCCUUCUCGUUAUAAUUGGUUUUACAGCCUGCUCAACUACUAUUGCAUUCUGCUAAGUACAGUAUCGUCUUGGUGCAUUUCUCAGCUUGCGCCUAUCUUGCUACAGGAUCGUCGGAGGUUUUCAGUAAGCAAUGGUCAUCACAGCGUCACUUAGGGUUUCGUUUCCGUGUAUUCCUACUGUUAAACCACGACAGAAUUUCACAACUGAGAGGUCGAUUCUAAUGGACAAUGGUCGCAUGGCUCUUGGGUCCUCACAAAUCAUUCGAGCACAGCAGUCAGCGUCAAAGGAUGGAAAUUCUACACUUCCUCCAAUGGUUGAUUCCAAAGCUAAUGCACUUGAGAUCAAGGAAUGGGAAGCAGGAAGACUUAUAGAUGAAAUAGCUUCUAGUCAGGGUAUCAGAAUUAGGAGACGGCCACCCACUGGACCCCCUAUGCAUUAUGUGGGCCCCUUUGAGUUCCGGUUGCAGAAUGAGGGCAAUACUCCUCGUAACAUUCUAGAGGAAAUAAUAUGGAACAAGGACAUUGAAGUAUCAGAAUUAAAAGAAAGAAAGCCAUUAUCUCUUCUGAAGAAAUCUCUUGAGAAUGCUCCGCCUGUUAGAGAUUUUGUUGGUGCAUUGAAGGCAUCUCAUAUGCGAACUGAUUUACCAGCUCUAAUAGCUGAAGUAAAGAAGGCUUCUCCAAGCAGAGGCAUAUUGAGAGAGGAUUUUGAUCCGAUUCAAAUAGCUGAAGCUUAUGAGAAAGGAGGAGCUGCAUGUCUUAGUGUUUUGACAGAUGAGAAGUACUUUCAGGGAAGCUUUGAAAAUUUAGAGGCAAUACGGAAUUCUGGAGUAAAGUGUCCUCUUCUCUGCAAAGAAUUCAUCAUUGAUGCCUGGCAAAUUUAUUAUGCUCGGACAAAAGGGGCAGAUGCAGUUCUUUUGAUUGCUGCUGUAUUGCCUGAUCUUGACAUAAGCUACAUGACUAAGAUAUGCAAAAUACUUGGCUUGGCUGCAUUGGUGGAGGUGCACAAUGAAAGGGAAAUGGAUCGUGUUUUAGGAAUUGACGGAGUGGAACUCAUUGGCAUCAACAACCGUGACCUUGAAACAUUUGAGGUUGACAUUAGCAACACAAAGAAACUUCUUGAGGGAGAGCGUGGCAAAUUGAUCCGGCAGAAAGACAUAAUUGUGGUUGGGGAAUCUGGGCUGUUUACUCCAGCUGACAUAGCUUAUGUACAAGAAGCUGGAGUUAAAGCGCCUUCAGGAACCCAUUUGACGAUGCAACUAUUGAACCAUCAAGCAGGGUCCAGUUUUCUACCAUUUCUGGCCCUCCUGAGGAUCCAACACAUUGAUGUUUUGGUUGGGGAGUCAAUUGUUAAACAAAAAGAUCCAGGUUUAGGAAUAACUGGACUAUUUGGCAAAGAUAUAUCUUCAUGAGUACUAUCAACUGCCUGCACCAUUUUUGUUUUCCUUAUUUUCCUUUUCUUUAUUCUGGCUUUGUGGAAAUAUAAACUGUUAUAUUUAAUUUUUUUUGAUAGGUUAUAAACUGUUAUAUCUAUUGAACUCUGAAAAAAGUAAUUUAAUUACCAUUAUGUUGAAUUCACUUGUAUUUAUAGUUGGGAGGCUUCAAAAAAACCAAAAGAAAAUUGUACUUGUA